CACACUCCAGGCUGGUUGUUAGGCAGCGCUGAGCAGGAAUAUCUCCUACUCGCCUGCUGUUUAUGCAGCACCAGGCCCCUUGUAAACACUUUACCUGCAUCAGCUCACUGAAUCCUCACAACGUCCAUUGUACAGAAGAGGAAACUGAGGCAUCGAGAGGUUAAGUGACUUCUUUGAGGUCACACAGCUGGGGAAUGGUGGCAACAGUCAGAGCCUGAGCUGUGGUUGGUAGUUCAUUCUGGACAGCCCUCCCGAGAACCGUCCCUGUACUGGCACUUGUUGGGUGCUGUCACUGUCCUCUCCCUCCCUGGCCGGGUGUGUUCUGGAGGGCAGGGAAGCGUCUUGGCACUCGGGUGCACGCCGCCCCCUCGGCCUCCUGGGCUCCCCGAGCCUCGCAGGACCCCGGACGCCCGCGACCUCUAGCCCCGCCCCAGCUCCGGGCCGCGGGGGCGCACCGCGGGCGUCGGGCGGGGCUGCCCAAGUGGGUAAAAACGGCGCCGCCCUGGGCUCGGCACUCACGACUCGGACUACGACUCCGACAGCACUGACAGCUAUGGUGCGUGCGAGCCUCCCGCUGGCGCUGGGCCUGGCCCUGGUAGCGUUCUGCCUCCUGGCGCUACCCCGCGACGCCCGUGCCGGGCCCCAGGGGCGCAUGGUUGGAGAACGCCAGGACCUGUCGCCCGAUGACCCGCAGGUGCAGAAGGCGGCGCAGGCGGCCGUGGCCCACUACAACAUGGGCAGCAACAGCGUCUACUACUUCCGAGACACGCACAUACUCAAGGCGCAGAGCCAGCUGGUGGCCGGCAUCAAGUACUUCCUGACGGUGGAGAUGGGGAGCACAAACUGCCGCAAGACCAGGGUCGCUGGAGACCACCUCGACCUCACUACCUGCCCCCUGUCGGCAGGGGCGCAGCAGGAGAAGCUGCGCUGUGACUUUGAGGUCCUUGUGGUUCCCUGGCAGAACUCCUCUCAGCUCCUAAAGCACACCUGUGUGGAGAUGUAAUAAUUGCCCAAGGGUGAAUGCCAUUGGGUUUGGGGCCACGGUGGAGGGCACUUCAGGUCCAUGGGCCACAACUGUCACAAUAAAUGGCCAGUGCCGCUUCUUGCA